AUGAUAUAUAUUUUCCUUUUUAUUAUUUUCCUAAAUGUGUACCAUAAUAUAAUUUGUCAAUUUUGUUUUUUAAAAAAAAGGAAAAGUGUUAAGAAUUUAUUAUUUUCUGUAUGUCCUAAUGGAAAUAAUUAUAAGCGAUUUAAUAUAUACAAGAGAAGUACCAUAAAAUAUGAUAAGAAAAGAAAAAAUAUAUAUUUACUACUCCCAAAUAAUAAUACAAAAUUUCCAAUUAUUAAAAAUGGAAAUUACUGUAUAUUAAAUAAAUGUACAUAUUCAAGAAGAUGGAACUUGAAUGAUUUUUUGUAUAACUAUAUAAACAUUUUAAAAUAUAAAAAGAACAUAAAAAUAGGAAGAUUAUUAAAAUGUAUAGGAUAUCAAAAUGAAUAUGUAUAUAGGAAAAAAAAAAAGAAAGAAAAGAUACGCUUAUUUUAUAUUUUAAAUAAAAUAAGUCUAAUUAAUUUAAAGAAAAGCAUAAGAUAUAAAAAUAAUUACAAGUAUAAUAAUAUUAAUAUAUAUAAUAGUAACAACAAGUUGUGUUAUAUUCCUAUUAAUCAUUUCAAUAUAUGGAAUAAAGAAACUUUUUUGUAUAAUAACAUAGGGGAAAAUAUGUGUAACAGGUCGAAGAAACUAUUUAAGAAUGUUUUAUAUUAUUUUCAUACUUUAGAUGAUAUAAAAAAUGCACACCAAAAAAACAGAAACCUUUUUUGUCUUUUUAAUAAUUACAUAAAGGAAGAAGAAAAUCUAUGUAAUAAUUCAGUUCUCAUUUAUAAUAUUUUUAAAGCUAGUCAAAUUUAUAAUUACGCUUAUAAUGAAAGUAUUAAGAAAAUAUUAAAAGAAAUAAUUUUUUUAUUUCACAAAAUAAAAAAAAAUAAUUUUAUUAAAACAAACCAUAAUAAAAAUAUAUAUGAACAUAUAGAUGUGUUAGAAAAAGACGUAUAUAGUAAUGAUAACAUGUUGUAUAGGGGAAGAGAAAAUAUAAAUAAAAUUUUAAGUGAAGAUGAUUGUUUAUUAAAAAAUGAAAAUUUGGAUUUGUAUAGAAACUUAUCUAAUGAUGAAAAGAAUAUACAACUAAGAAAUAAAAAAUUAAGUGAUAGCCAAAAUGUUAGGGAUAAAAAAAAUAUUGGGGAUAACCAACAUAUUUUGGAUAACCAACAUAUUUGGGAUAAUAACAAUUUUAAUAUUCGUGUAAAAAAUAUUUUGAGACCAACACAUUUAGUAUUCAUCAAAGAUUGGAUAGAUAAAUUUACGAAAUAUAUGUUUCAGGAAAAUAUUUCUUUUACAAAUCUUUUAAGUAAUAAUAUAUUAAUAAAAAGUGAUUAUAUUUUUCAGGAAAAAUUUCUCCUUUUUUUUCAUAUACAAUGCUUACAUUUUCUUUACACCAAAAGAAACGAAGAUAUAAAAAAGGAUAUAGUAAGCAUAAAUAAUGAAAGGACUUGUGAUGAAGAAAAAAGAAAUAAAUAUGAUAUGAUAAAAUAUAAUAGUCAUAAUAAUUAUGAGAAUAUUAUAAUAUAUUUAUAUAAGGAGAAUAAUAAUAAUAUGGAAGAAUUUUAUGAAUACCUAAAAAAUAUUUAUGGAGAAGAAAAAAUUUGCUUUUUUAACUAUGAAAAAUAUAUAAAUAAUGAUAAAAGUUUUUUUAUAAUAUUAUUGUCGUAUGAAGAAUUAUUUAAUAUAUAUCGCUAUAGUAAUAAUACAUCAUAUAAUGUGUUUCAAGAAUACAUGGAAAGUAAAAUUCGGAAUACACAAGAUAAUAUUAGAAUGUAUAAAAUAUUAUCUUAUUUAUGGAAUAACUCAUCCAAAGAUAGUAAUAUACAAAGAGAUGAUACAUUAAAUCAUACAAUCCAAAGAUACCAAUUUAAAAUCUUCUUACACGAAUUUAAUGUAAUUUAUAAUUAUAAAAAAAGCAUAAUAGAAAAAAAUUUAUAUGAAGAUUUAUUCUGCUUAAUACCAUUAAAUAAUGAAAAAAGGAUAACGUUUUAUUUUUUAUCGAAUACACAUUUUAAUGAAACCAUAUUUUAUAUAUGGAUAGAUAGUAUAUAUGAAAAAACUAAAAAACUUUGUUCAUUAGAUUGGACUAAUAAAAACACAGAAGAAACAAAAAAGAAAAUUUUCCUAUUACAUAAUAAAGGAAUUAUACAACUCAACAAAAAUAAUGAACAUUGUAGUAAUUUAAAGUACUCGUCAAAUUUUAUAAAUGAAGAAAAUACACAUAAAAAACAAGAGGAUGUUCUUAUAAAUAUAGUUAACAAAAAAAAAAAAAAUGUAUAUAAAAAUGAUAAAUUAAUUAAUGAGUGCAUGGUAUUAUUUAAUAAUAUUAGAAAAGAAAUUAUUAUAAAUUAUUUAAAACAAAAUAAUUUAUAUAACAUUAAUAAAUUGAAAAAGAAAGAUAAAAAAAUAAAAAGAAUAUUUAAUAUAGCAAAAAGGAUUCUCAAUAAAAGAAUAAAAAAAAAAAAAAAAAAAAAAAAAAAAAAAAAAAAAAUAUAUAUAUAUAAAACUCAUAUUAAAAAUAAUCCUUUGCAUAUAUCUGAUUAUAUUAAUUUCAUUAUUAAUAAAGACAAGAAAGGAAAUAUUUUAUUAUCAAAAAAUAUUAUUAGUCCUUCAUAUAUAGAGAAAGAAGAAAAUUUACAAAUACAUGAUAAAAUUAAAUUAUUAUCUAACACCUUAAACAUUUGUUAUGAUAAUAAUUAUGUACAAACCUUAUCAAAACAACAAUUUAAUAACAAUUUUUCUCAUACAAAUAUGUUACAUAACUUAAGAUAUUCUAAUACAAAUGUAAUAAAUAAAAAUCAGAAUUUCUUGAAAAAUAACAAGCCAUCUUUAUCCCUUCCAUGUGAAGAUAAAAAUUGUACAAAGAAGAAAGUAGAUGAAAAUAUAUGUAUCCAAAAAAAGGACGAUAUAUCAUUAAUUACACAAAAUGAGAAGAAUAGUUCUCAUUAUUUAAGUAAAUAUUUUUAUUUAUUAAAUAAAAAAAAUAUUUCAAAACCAAAUACUUUUGGAAGUACUGAAAAGUUAGAUAUAUAUCCUUGCAUUUAUUAUAUAUUUAAUGAAAAAAUAUAUUUUUUAAAAUUUUCUAAAGAAUUAUAUGAACACUUAUCUGUGUUAGAUGAAUUUUCAAAAAAACGUAUGGAUGAUAUCAUACAAAAAUUUAAGGGCAAAAUAAAUAUUACUGAAAAUAUGUAUAUAUAUUUAAAUAAAGGAAUUUAUUUAAUUAAUGAUAACAUAAAUAGAUAUUGUGAAAGAUUUAUUAAAGAAUUAUUAAAAAAAAAUAUAAUAAAAAUUAUUUUAUCAUCUGUUGAUAUAUCAUCAGGUGGCUAUAAAGUAAAAAGUGUAUUUAUAGAAGAUGUACAUAUACAAGACAAAAAUUAUAUAUAUGAGUAUAAUAAUAUAAUAGAUAAUAUAAAUAAAUUGCAUAAGGAUAUAUAUAUAUAUAACAAUUCGUCCAAAAACAACAGCAGCAACAAUAAUAAUAAUAAUAAUUGUAGUAGUAGUAGUAAAAACAAAUUUGUAGAACAUAAUAAGAAUGAUCCAUAUUUAUCUUAUGUUAACCAACCAGAUGAUAUAUACAGACUACAUUUUAUAAAAUAUUUUAUGUUUUUAAAUAUUCGAAAUAUCUUUAAGAAAUACACAUUAUCGAACAAUCAUUUAUUAAAUUUGACAAGAAAUACAACCAAUAUUUUUUUAAUUCCUAAAAAGUAUGAAGAUAUACAAAUAAUGCUAAAUAUACUUAAUGAUAAUUAUUUCAAUUUUUCAAAUAUGCACGAUUAUAAUAUUUCAGAUUUUUAUUUUAAUUUAUAUUAUAAUAGUAUACACAAAGGUAUUAACAUAAAAUUGUUUGUAACAAAAAUGGAUAAUUUAGUAAGUGUAAACGGUCUUUCAAAUAAUAAAAAUAAUAAUUUGGAUAUCAAUACUAAAAAUAUAUAUAAACAAAAUAAUAUAUUAAAAGAAGAAAAGAAAAAUAAUUAUGAAGAUUAUACAAAUAAUUCUAUUCAAUAUGAUAAAAUUAGAGAUGAUAUGUAUUAUAAUAAUAAUUUAUUUAAAAUAAAAAAUUUGUUUUUCCUUAAAUCCUUUUUUAGUCAUAUACAUAAUAAUGUAGACAUUUUACCCCCUAUCGUACAUUUAUCAAAUUUACUAAAAUUUUGUAAAAAUAUUCAUAGUAUAUAUAAAUACAGACAAACUAACGAAUAUGUAUUUAUAAAGAAUUCUGUAAACAUAUAUAAUAAUGUAUGCUAUUCCUUAAACUAUUUUGACUUUUUAUAUUAUUAUAUAAAUAACAAAAAUAAAUUAGAAAAUAUGGACAAAGCAUUGAAAAAUCACUUUGUCAAUUUUUUUUUAUUGAAAAGAAAACAAUAUGAAAAAAAAUUCAUAAAACAUAAUAAAGAAUUGAAAUUAAAUUAUUAUCAUAAUAAAAUAAAAAAGCUCAAGAAAUAUUUUGAUGAACAAUAUUUAUAUAUGUAUUAUAAUACUUAUAAUAAUUAUAAUAAAAAGAAGAAAAAAUUAAAUGACAUUAUGAUCAUGUUAUAUAAAGAAAAAUAUUAUAGGCUUCAUAAAUAUAUAACAAAGAAUUAUAAAAAUAAAGUAUUCAAUACAAUAGAUCGUAAUAAAUGUAUUAUUUUAGAUAUAUAUAAAGAUAAGCAAAAUUUCUUAAAUGAUAAAUUUAUAUGCUUGAAUAAUAUAAAUGAAUUAAUAGUAUGUAACAUAUAUUUUUUUUUGAACAUAUAUGAAAAUUCAAAAAUAAAAAAUAAAAAAAAUAAAGUAAAUAAUAAAAGUAAUGAUUUUCUUUUUUUUUCUAAUAAUAUAAUAAAUAAAAACUUUAAUUAUUUUGAUUAUUUAUUCAAAGAAAGACAAAUAAUUACAUAUAACAUUUAUUUAGAACACUAUGAUUUUUUAUUUGAUAUAUAUAACAAAGGAGAUCAUAUAUCUACCAUUAGGAAAAUUAAAAGAAACAUUUCUAAAUUUUCUGUUAACAAAAUUAUGAUAAAUCAUACGAAUGAUAUGAAUGAUAUGAAUGAUUUAAAUAAUUCAAAACAAAUAUCUAAAUAUAUAAAUAUCAAUAAAAUAUUUUCCAAUUCGUAUCAUCACGAAGGUAUAUACACAUUAUAUAAUAAUGUUCUGCUAUUUUUAAAAAAAUUAGAUAAUAUGAAAAAAAAGUUAUAUGAUCAAUAUUUUGAAAAAAAAAAAUAUUUAUUAUUACAAAAAAGAAAAGAAAAUAGGAAUUAUUUUAUACAUAAUUUUAUGACAGGAAAUGAAGAAGACAACAACUUGUAUGACAAAAAUAUCGAUAAUUCUAAUAUUAUUAAUAUGAACAUCAACAGAGAACAUGUAGAUAACGAAGAAAAUAAUGUACUCUCAUCACAUUUUUUAUCAAAGGAAUAUUAUAAUAAUAACCAUAAAGAAAUAAAAAAAAAAUUUUAUGAUCAUCAUAAUAGUCAUAAUAAUAAACCUACUUAUGAAAUCGUAAAAAAUGAAGAAAUAUCAAAAAGUCAUGUAAGAAAUGAUAUUAAUAAUAAUAUAAAUAAAAAAAUAUUAAGUUUUAAAAAAAUGGAACUGUUAAAUAAGUACAAGAAAAAAAAAAAUACCGGAAAUAGGAAUAAUUAUAUAAAUGAACUAAAUAAAAUAAAUCGAAUUUUUGGAAAUAAAUAUCAUACAUUUAAUAAAGAAUUUCAAAACAUAUUUCAUUUUUUAUAUAACAUAAAUAUGUUAGAUUAUUUACAAAAUUAUAUUAACCCUUAUAUAAAAAAUUCUUUGUGGCUUUAUAUUAUAACCUUAUAUGUUAAAAACUCUUAUUCUUUAAAUAAAAACCAGUUCAUUUCACAACCUGAAUUUCUCAUAAUCAUUUUUUACAUAUCUUUCUAUGAACAUGAGAAUAAUAAUUAUUUGACCAAUUAUUCACAUUCUUUUGAAAUACCAAAGGAUUCCUUCUUACAGCACAUUGUUACCGAUAUUUUUGUGUAUAAAGAAUUAUUGCAAUCUCUUCAAAAUAGGUUUAAAGUACAUAUAGCUAUUCCAUUCAAUUUGUCAGACAUAUUGCAAGUGUUGGACGGUUUAAGGAAAUUAAGAAGAAAAGAUUUUGGGAAAAUAAAUGAAAAUAUAAUAUCAAAAUUGACGAAUUUAAGUGUAAUAUUACAUAGUGCAUCUCUUUAUUUUGACAAAGAAAUAAAUGAGACAAUUUUUGAGUACAUUGGAUAUAUUAAUAUGUUAAAAGGAUAUAAACAGAUUGAAUAA